GGGUGUGUAACUAGAACCUGCGAAAAAUGGUGAUGCAGGGGAACUUUAAGUUCCACCAGUACCAGGUGGUGGGCCGCCACCUGCCCACGGCCGCAGAUGCCACCCCGACUGUCUACCGCAUGAAGGUGUGGGCUGAGGAUGACGUCAAGGCUAAGAGCAAGUUCUGGUACUUCCUCAGGAAGCUGAGGCGUGUGAAGAAGGCAAACGGCCAGAUUAUCGCUUGCAAUGAGAUCUUCGAGCGCAAGCCCACCCUGGCCAAGAAUUACGGCGUGUGGGUACGCUACCAGUCGCGUACUGGCGUGCACAACAUGUACAAGGAGUACCGCGACGUGACCCUCAACGGUUCCGUGGCUCAGAUGUACCAGGAGAUGGCGUCGCGCCACCGUGUGCGGCCCUCGUCCAUCCAGAUCAUUAAGACGGCGACCGUGGACUACCACAGUUGCAAGCGUGCCAACACCAAGCAGUUCCACAACGAGAACAUCAAGUUCCCAGUCACCCACAAGCUGUCGCGCCCGUCGAACCCGGAGUUCCGGACGCUGUUCAAGGCCAGCCGCCCCAACGUGGCCAUGUUCUAAGCGCCAGUUGGGCUGCCUUUGGACAGCAGGCGUGGUGGGAGCCACUGCUGCGGCAAGAACUUUGUUGCACAGGGCUGCCGCGUUGGCAGCAGCUGCUGCCUGAGCUGCUAUGUGUGGGACUUGGCAUAUUCGUUGGCAAGGGCAUCGGCAACAGCGGCGGCUGUGUCGUAGCGUUUGCUGGGGCCGCCGGGGUGGGCGCUGCGGCUGUCGCUGCUGGUGGCGAUGUGUGGUGUAACACUCGGGACGAGCAUACCCUAAUGUUUCCAUGAAGAAAUUUUGCACUGUUUGGCAAGAUAUUUAUACCAGCAAGGAAGUUAGCAGCAAGCGGACCGUUGGUAGCCCAGGGUAGCCUACUGGAGAGUACGUCAAGCGAUAAGGGAGUCAUGUGCGGCAUGGCAAAAGAACUGGCACGAUGGUUUUCCGUGUCAGUGAUUGCAGCUCAAAAGGCCAAGUACUAUCACCUCGAACGGUGGACGUAAUACCAGUACAUGUUGUCCCAGUCUACUUUGUCUUUCCACUCCAGAACGAUGCAUGUAUUUAGCAGCCGGGACCACAUGAGAAUGCAUCAUAUACCAGCAACGUAAAGUUGUGCAUGAGGUGGACGCGUAUAUUUGUAAGUGUUUGUACGGCGCAC